UCAAAUCUGGAUCCUUCAACAGCACGGAAACAACGCUCAUUAUAGCAGUCAUGUGUCACGGGCUCCAUAGGCUACAUGUAGGCCCAAUUUCGAAGCUAAUUAGGAAUUACCUUGUAAUAUGCGGCAAAUUGGGAAAUUCUAUUUAAUAAGCAUUUCUUAAUAAAAGUGUUAAGAAACGUUUAUUACGAAAACGUAUAUACACCUAAUCUUUGACAUGCAACACCACAAUGUGUGCCCAACGGAGCAAAGAUCCUGUAUCCACCAGAUCCACAGCUAUCCCCUCCCCUGGUGGUCUGUUUUCUAAAGCGAGUUCAGGAAAGUGUUGAGGGGGCGGAUAGUUUUCAUUUCCCCUUCAUCGUGCUCAGCCAAUAAUGUAGAAGGAUGUGUUGUGCACAUCUCAGCUGGCAGACGUUUUAAAGAGAGACAGUCCGGCGCUGCAGCAGUGUGUAUUCAACCACAGCCUCUGUCUAUGGAAUCAUUAACCACUGCAGACUCUCAUCACCGCGCGCCUUCAUUGCAGUACAGUCCAUCCCAUUAGCACCCUCGCGCCUCUAGACACCUCAGAAAGAAGACCCACCAGAGAACAUUUCACUCCUGGACAUUUUGACAGGAUGGCAAAUUCAGCGCGUGUCCUCUGCGGUAUGGUUUUCAUCAUGGGGUUGCUAUCAUCUCCCGUGGAUUCCAAAAGGAACCGAGGCUCACAAGGCGCCAUCCCUCAUCCAGACAAAAACAACCCAAACGAAUCGGAGCAGCAACCCCAGCCACCACAGGCGGGCUCGGGUUCCCGGGGGCGGGGGAAGAGCUCCGCUGCGCCGGCCGAGGAGGUUCUGGAGUCCAGCCAGGAAGCGUUACACGUCACGGAGCGCCGCUAUCUGAAACGGGACUGGUGCAAGACCCAGCCACUCAAACAGACUAUCCACGAGGAGGGCUGCAUCAGCCGCACCAUCAUCAACAAGUUCUGCUAUGGACAGUGUAACUCGUUUUACAUCCCCAGACAUGUGCGGAGGGAGGAAGGGGCUUUCCAGUCCUGUUCGUUCUGCAAGCCGAAGCAGUUUACCACCAUGACGUUUACUCUGAACUGUCCAGACCAGCAGCCUUCCACCAAGAAGAAGCGUAUCCAGCGCGUGAAGCAGUGUCGCUGUAUAUCCAUAGACCUGGACUAGGCACAGGUACUGAUUAGUCUUCAUUGAAAUGGUCAGUCUUGGCCUGAUCAUAAAUCAACCAGUAGACUAUUGAAACCAAGGAAAUUAUCAAUUUGCUAAACCUCAAAGAUCACAUUUACCCGCACGGGGAUGAAGCGCCAUAGCAGUGGACCGCUAACCCAUCGUCCAUUGUUGAUACCGGACUUUAGUGAACAUAUCCUGCUUAAUCAAAUAUUUCGUAUUGUGUCCGUCUAAUUUCACAUCAAGCAAUUUAUAUUCGUGGCUAUAGCAACCGUGCACGUCUUGAUCACAACAUGCUGUCCAUUGCCUUGUCUCACCUCCAAAUACGUUUGAAUUUCUGUUCACAAGAUCCUGCUUUUAAUCUUUUGGGCGAAUACAACAAACAGCCUACGACACACAAUGUAGGUUUGAUCCGUUUCUAUAUCUGAGGUACUGAGUUUCCACUGUGUGGAAUGUGAGGGAGACGGAGGGCUUAUUUGAUAAUGAGAUGCUAAAUACAUUUCAUUGAUAUUUUCUGUGAAUCUCGACCACCCAGUAGUUUCAGUGGAUAUUUUGUAAACGUAUACAGGCCAAUGGGCUAGUUUGAUUCUAUAAAUAGAUACAAUAAAAGAUUUGUUAAAAUGUUUGCUGUACAAAGUUUGUUUAAAAUGUUGAAGAUGGAAACAUUAAAUAUGUAACAUGUUAACAUAAUAUUUUGUCUACAUUGUGUAUACAGGUUUUAAGAAGCGUAGGUUGUCCAAUUGCCAAAAUAAUCUCGACAUAAUGUUCUUUUGUAAACUUUUUUCAGGUAAAGCAAGCCAAAAUCAGUGCACGGGUAAAUGGACAGUAAAGUAAAUUAUUCCAUAAAUUGCUAAGACUAUGUUCUGCAUCAGGCUGAUCCGGAACAUGAAACAUCUUUCAGCGAUGUGGCCUCUUCUUGCUCGGAGCCAAACUUUCGCUGAGACAUUUAUGUUUCUUAAACCCAUGAUUUGUUUCAUUGUAAAACUACGGUCAUUUACGACGAAAGACUGCAAGAAUCGUUAUUUCGCCGUUUGUUUACAACUUUAAAUAGGAUUAUGCAUUGUAUAUACGGCUUAUUAUGAGGUCGGAAAUCUUGAACUCAAUUUAAAUUCAAGUUAAACUUGAACUGUGUGUGUAUGAUGUUCAAAGAACCGAACCUUUCAAUCCAAUCAACCUCGUGCUCAACCACGGUCUCACUGGCGUAAGGCUACUCUGUAGCGCGCAUAAAGCAAGCUUUCUAUUUUGUAUCCUAAAAACCGAUGUUCUAAAUGAUAAAUAAAGGGCAAUACAUCAAGCAAAAGAAUGUAAUAAUCACUGGAGUCUUUGUAAUUAACAUUUUAUUUUGGAUACUGUAACGUUACUGAGCUGAAAAGACGGGUGUUAAGGUUUAAACAAGAAUUCGGUCAAGGCCGCUCAUCAUGUUCAGCCUUCGGUGACUGAAUCAUAGUGAGGUUUGGAGCGCAAGACACUAUCCUGGAGCUACUAAUAUCUUAAACAGUAAUAUGUGAAACAAUGGGGAAGUUAAAUUAAUUGAAUGAUCCUAUUCAAUUUAGGAAAACGUUUAAGGUAAACUUUACAACUUGUGUUAUGAUUUGUAGUUUAAUGGCACACUGAAAAUAUGGAAAGUAGAAUUUCCACCUGUAAAUGGAACCGAAUACGCCAGUCUGAAUGAUGGAACCAUUUAACAUUCGUGGCCCUCAGCGGGAUCCGUCAGUUGUAAGGUAAGUAGCUUGAUGUUUCAAGCUACAGUUAUGGCUUGAACUGAUAUGCACAAUAGUUUCCACUAACCAAUGUAUAAAAUGCUCUAUGUAGAUCUAUGAACAGACCAUGUUGUACCUAGCCAGAUCAUUGCUUUAAGUUAAGUAUAGAUAAAUAUCAUUUAUAAUAAAGCAACCAUCACCCUGUAGCAUUAGUGAUAUCAGUAAGAAUCUCACCCAAACCAAGAAAUGUCAUGCAGCUUCCUUACACUUCCAAAUCAAAUACUAAAAUACAGCCUCAACAACAAAAACAAUACAAUUAUUUUGGGAUAAAAUAAAUCUUUGAUGUA